AUGGAGUCGUGCUCUCGUCUCACAGCAGCGGAGGGUGGUGCCAGGCUGGCAGCUGCCGCUGGUACCAAGAAUGUGAUGAUAACUGAACAUACCAACUUCAUUCCUACUUCCUUAUUGAUUGAAUGCGCUCAUGGGAUUCGUGGAACCCUGUUAUCGGGCUUCAAGCGUUCUGUUUAUAUCGCCCGAUCAUCUCGAAUUGCCUGCGUGGCUCAUGAGCUCAUUAUCCUAACAGAUCUUCAAGUGAUUGGAGUGAAGGAUUAUAAUGAAGUACAGGAUUGGAAACAGGAGUUGGAAAAUAGGCAGGUGUUGGUAUGCACAUCGACAGUGUUCAACAAAAUACUGGAGAAUAAUUUACUUAAGAUGACAGAUGUUAAUGUUUUAAUCAUUGAUAGCUGUCAUUUAGUUUUUAGAGACAUGCAUUUGCAACGUAUAAUGCAACUUUACAAAGACUGUGAUAAUGAUAACAGACCUAGAAUUUUGGCCAUGACAUAUCCAUUAUUUCAAUCAACUAAAGAUAAUAUGGAAAAUAAUGACAAUUCUGAAAAUGAUACAUCCAAUAAAAGUAUUAAUGAUGAAAAUAAAUCAGAGACCAAUAUAAAAAGAAUAAGUGAAAAUGAAUUAAAAAACAAUGAUGUGAAUAAAAAUUUAAAUGAAAUUUCAGAGGAAAAAAUAAAUGAUUCACCAAUUGACCAAGUAGACGAUAAAAUAAAUAUCAAUAUUAAAUUAGGUGAUGAAAUUAAUAAAGAUAAUAAGGAUGCAAUUGAUGAAGUUGGUAAAGGUGAAAAAGAAACCAAAGAAAGUGUAGAUUGUGAUUUGAUUGAAGAUGUGAACAAUGUGAUAGGAAAUAUUGAUGAAAUAAAAACCAAAGGUCAAGAUAAAUCAUUGUGUAUUGAUUAUGAUAAUAGUUUGAUGCAAGUUUAUAAAAAUUCUGAUGACUUUGACAUGUAUGAAAAGUUAGAAUGGAAAAUUGAGGAAAUGGAGAAACAACUUUGCUGUGAAAUGGAUCUUGCUGAAGAUAUUGAUGGUGGAAAAAGGUUAUCACCGUCCUCAACAAAACCAAAAGAGGUGAUAGUGGAGUAUGGUGAUGUUUGUAACAAAAUCUCCGAUCCAUAUAAGGACUUAGAAUCAUUCAUGAGGAAUACAAUCAAUGAUGCUUUUCAGUUCAUUAAUGAGCAUAGAUACGACCCCACAGAAAUAUAUGGUGAUGAACUUUAUGAGGAAUUUAUGAACAUUCCUGACCCCACUAUCGAACCCAAAGAUAUAUUUUGCCAGUUUCUCUAUGUUUUGGAUGAGUUGGGUCCCUAUGCAGCCGACAAAGCUGCAUUUUCUUUACUAACGAAACUGGAAAAACUUAAAAUAAAAGUGCCAUAUGAACGCCAUUUUCUUCUUCUAUGCCUCUGUACGUCUGUGUUCGUGAAAAUAAGAUGCUAUGCCGAUUUCAUAUUUUCCAAGUAUGAAUCGGAUUGGGAGAAACUUGCCGUGUUCUCAACACAAAAAGUAUUAAGAUUUGCAGCGAUUUUAGAACAAUUUCGACCUGAUGAUACGAAACACGAUAAAGUAGAAGUUAAAAUUAAUCAGGCAAUUUGUGAAAAUGAAAAUAACAAAACUGAUACUAAUAAUGAAGGGAAUAAAGUCUCCAAUGUGCAAAUGAAUGAUGACAGUGAAUUCAAUGAUGCUAGUGAAAUUCCUCUAAACAAUGAAUUUGAAAGUCAUCAAGCAACAUCCAACCAAUCGGGUUGUAAUGAAGUUACUAGUCAACAUACAGAUAAUGAAGUUCUUGAACCGAAAGUUAUUAAUAAAGAUAAUGCAACUGCCUUUGACAAUACAGGCCUGAAAAGAUCUAGAACAAUAGAAUUAUUAGAUGAAAUUAAUAAAUGCGAUUUUACGUCUUUAGGUGAUAAAAUUGAAGACACAGUUAAUGUUAUACAAUGUGAUUUAAAAGAAUUUGAUGCCAACUAUAGAAACGAAACUAUGGAGACUGACAGUAGUUUAAACGAACAAGCAAGUUUAAAUAGUGUUAAUGAAAAUGAUGAAAAUAUUGAUAAAAGUAAUAAAACAGUUAACAAAGAUAUAACUCAGAUUAAAAUAUUUGAACAUAUACAAAAAGACGAAGUUGAAAAUAAUGAUAUUGCAGUACACACACUGGAACAAGGCAAUUCCACAGAUGUAGAAAUUAAAAGUGACAGACUCACAGAUACUCAAAGUAAUAAUAAUGCUACAAAUGAUUUAGAGAUUAGCAAUACAAUUAAAGAGAAAAGUAACAAUGAUAAGGAUGAAAUAAAUAACAGUGACGAAUCUAAUCAAGUGAAUGUCAAACAAGUGUCAAACAGUGAAGUCGCAGGAAAUAGCAGUGCUCUAGUGAAAAGUGAUGUGAAAACCAGUGAAAAUGACGAUCCAAAGACAUUUAAAAGAGGACGAGGUCGGGGCAGAAGGAAGCUGAAUGUGAAAAGUCAACUGCAGACAAGUGAUUCCUUGUGCGGCAUUGUGUUUAUGAAUGAACCGUUGAUGGCGAAGAUUAUGUUCAUGGUUAUUAUUGUAAACAACGGAAGGAAGCAAGAAGAUGUUUUAAAGAAGUUUCGUAUGCACGAAUGCAAUCUGUUGCUGGCGACUUCAGCUCUGGAAGAGGGCAUAGAUCUGCCAAGAUGCAACUUGGUGGUCAGAUGGGAUUUGCCUCCCUCGUAUCGAUCCUACGGCCUCUGUCGAAGUCGAGCAAGAGCUGCCAAGUCCUCGGUAUCAUUGCUGGCGAAUGCUGACAGACACAGCAGAUUAUUAGUCCACAAUCUUGCUGUGUACAAGGAGUUGGAUCAGAUUGUCACAAGAAAAUGUGGGUGUGGUAUUCAAAAUGAACCACCUCAAGAAGAAGAAAUAGAAGCAGAUACAUACACUUCAUGUAUCAAAGCCUAUAAACCAAGUAAUAGACAUGUCAUUAACAAAAUUAAUGAAAUAAAUACAAGCAUUAAUGAUAUGAAUGGCAUAGACACGGAAAAAAGUCAAGAAAUUGUAGAUAUUGGUGGAGAUAGUAAGAAAAAUAAGGAUAAAGAAGGAGGAGAUUCAGAAGAACUCGAGAGAAGUAACGAAAAUUGUUCAGAAUGUAUUGAAAAUAAAAUAGAUAGUGAAGAUGUCAAAAUAGUUUUUGAUAAUCUAAAUGAGAAAUCUGAAGUAGAAAAUACAGAGAAAAUUAAAGUUAAUGUAAAAGAAAAAUCAAUGAAUAUAAGUGAAAACAAUAUAUUAGAUUUUAGAGAAGUGUGGGCAAGUGGAACUAUACAAGAGACAAGUGAUAAAGUGAAUAGUGAAGUGACAGUAACAUACAGUGUUGAGAGAAGUGAAGAUGCCAGUGUUGAUUUAAAUAGUGCUAUCGCUUUAAUUAAUAGGUAUUGUGGCAAGCUUCCAUCAGAUACCUUCACUCGGCUGGCACCUCAAUGGUGGAUGGAGGAGGUUCGACUCCCAGCAGGGAACGAAAUGAAGACGGCGUAUAUUUGCACUCUACGCAUGCCAUUAAAUUGUCCCGUUAAAUACAAUAUUGUGGGCCAUCCGAUGCCGACUCGCGUGUUGGCUAGGCGCAUGGUGGCGCUGCAGGCUUGUAGGAUUUUACACAAGUCAGGGGAAUUGGACGAUCAGUUGAUGCCCAUAGGCAAAGAAAACUUCAAAGCAGCUGAAAUGGACUCGAACCUUACCCAAGAGUUGGACAAUAAUGAUUCCGCCCGCCCAGGGACCACAAAACGCAGGCAAUAUUACUUCAAACGUACAGCCUGGGCGUUCACUGAUUGUCAGCCGAUAAUAGACACGAGCGAUGCUGAUAUCGAAGCGAAUCCGAUACCAAAGAGUAGACCCAUUCUACCUUCUGGUACAAAAAGAAAUAUGCUCUAUGCAAUAGUCUCGAAUCUAUGGUGUGCCCUACCAGAGAGGUAUAACACUCGAGGAAGGAAGUUGCAUCUCCCGCAGCACGCUGAUCAAGCUAUAGGGAUACUUGUCGCAAGAUGCGAACCUACCAAGUUGCAAAUUCCAGCGUUUCCAGUAUAUACGCGUUCGGGGGAAGUGAGAAUCAGUGUUGAGCCGGCCUUAGAUGCGGACGUUCGUCUGUCGCCACGACGAGCUCGGCUUGUACGUCGCUUCAUGCGUUUCGUAUUCUCGGACGUGCUGCGCGUGCGCCGUCGCGGCAUGAAGUUACAAACGGAGGGAUCGACGCAAAACAAUUAUUACAUCGUACCAACUGUUAAACGAACAACGGACACCGGUACGGCGGUGGAUAUUGACUGGGCGUUCUUAGAACUAAUUUUCAAACAUACGGAAGGCAAAAAGAUACAAGAGCAGGAGAACUCCGCGUUAUGGGAGAAGAAGGAGAAAGGGCAGAUAGAAAAUCCACUCUUGAGGCCGGGUGAUGUGUUUGCUUUUGACCCGGAGAAGUAUAACGAGGCGGUUGUUACGCCCUGGUAUAGGAAUCAGGAUCAACCACAGUUCUUCCUGGUAGCAGAGAUAUGUUGGCACCUCACCCCCGACUCGGCAUUCCCUUCGGAUCAGCACGCGACCUUCCGCUCUUACUACAAAGCCAAGUACGGAGCUGAUCUGACGCAGAACGAUCAGCCAUUGUUGGAUGUGGAUCACACCAGCGCCAGAUUAAACCUUUUGACGCCUAGAUAUGUGAACCGCAAAGGCGUAGCGCUGCCAGUGUCGUCGGAGCGCACGCGCAGAGCGAAGCGCGAUCGUCUCGACCAGAAGCAGAUAAUGGUUCCCGAACUCUGCAAAGUUCAUCCUUUUGCGGCUCCGCUUUGGUUCGCUACAGUUGCUUUGCCCUGUGUGUUGUAUCGCAUCAACGCCUUGCUAAUAGCGGAUGAGAUCCGUCGCGCCGUAGCCUUGGACGUGGGGCUCGGAAUCCCCAGAAUUGAUGACGACUCGUGUCCAGGGUUCACGUGGCCGGCUCUGGACUUUGGCUGGAGUUUGGCAGAGGUACUCAGUGCUGACUCAGAGAAACACGACAAAAAGAAGGAGAUAGAAGACUGGAAUCAGAGUGGAGAUCUGGAAAAGGAACAGAGGGAUAAAGAAGUACAAGAGAAUUUGCAGAAGACUGAAGAAGAGUCGCAGGAGCAGAAGGAGAAGACGAUCAAUGAUAUAUUGCAAGAGAAGGAGGAAGCGGAGAGUGGUUUUGAAAUCGGCACUUGGAGCAAUGAAAUGGCGUCGUCAAUACCAGAAACAAUGGAGUACGACGAUUUCAUGGAGCCUCUUCCGCCUAACCUUACAUUCUGCACGUCUGCUACAGGUGGAGCGAAUUGGUCGGAUCCAAUAGAUAAGCCGAAGAAUUACCCUGGUAGGAAAUUCUCUAUGGCUGAAAGCGAUUGUUCAUAUUUAUCCAGCGAUUUUGAUACAGACGAUUCAGACUUCAACUCUGACGGUAGUGACGAAGAUUCCGACGGUUUCUCAAGUAGCAAGAAUGCGAAUGCUGCAAUGGGCGUACGUAUAGAAUAUAAGACAGCCCACGAGGCUGAAGCCGUAGACGUCGAACGCCGUCGGCCUGUAGCCCCCGCGCCUAUGCCUGAUAGGGACGACGAUAUGCGAGAUGUGGCGGCCUAUAAGGAGAUUUUGAAGGAUGGCACACCACCGGAAGAGCACGUGACAAAAUACCGAAAUUCGGUCAUAUCACACGAAAAAGAAAUUGUUGCUGGUCAUCUUAUUACAAGAAGUGAUCCGGUAAAAAAUCUCCUAUCUGAGGGUAGAGAAAUAGAUGAACAUACAAACAUAACUAAAAAUAUUCAUGUUCUUGAAGUAGUGUCUAAGAAUAAUUUGGUCGAUCAAAAAUCAUCUGAUUCACCCAAUGGUGAAGAAGCCAAUUCUGAUAAUAAAGAAAUAUCUAAAACAGAUAUAUCUAAAGAUAAAAUAUCAGAAAUGUUUCCAUAUCUAAGUGGAAUCGAUACAGACAGUGGUCAAAUAACAUUAGAAGCCAUAGAGAAAAGCAAACGGACACUUCUCUCGGAGUUAAAAAAGACAUUGACGGAUGAGGAAAUUAAAAAGUUGAAUUGCUUCUCUAUGGUCGAUAUAGAUAUCGAUGCCACAGAUUAUGUGAACGAAAAAGUUGCCAAUGUCGGCUUUGAUUCCAAAGAUAAAUAUGAGGAAUUGAUCAACAAAUGGGACUCGAGGGAUUUGAAGCCGUAUUACUUGGACCAUAGUCAGAGUGGUAAAGAGUUUGAUUUCGAUUAUCAGCCGAGUUUGGAAGGACAUCCGGGGCCGAGUCCUAGUGUUAUAUUGCAGGCUUUAACGAUGUCGAACGCAAAUGACGGUAUAAACUUGGAACGUUUGGAGACGAUUGGAGACAGUUUUCUGAAAUUCGCCAUCACUGCGUACUUGUACUGCGCACACCCAGCCGUACACGAAGGGAAACUGUCGCAUAUGAGAAGUAAACAGGUGUCGAAUCUGAACCUGUACCGCCUGGGUCGCAAUAAGCGUUUAGGUGCUCGCAUGAUCGCCUCGAAGUUCGAGCCCCAUGACAAUUGGCUGCCACCCUGCCACAGACCACCACAUACAAUGCAACCUGGGCAUGAUCAAGACGAAGGCGAAAAGAAAGUGCCGGUAGAUAAUACAGGAUGUUUCAUUCCGUACAAUCUUAUAACACAGCAUAGUAUACCGGAUAAAUCCAUAGCAGACUGCGUGGAAGCCUUAAUCGGGGCUUAUCUACUAGAAUGUGGACCCCGCGGAGCCCUGCUCUUCAUGUCUUGGCUUGGCAUUCGUGUUCUGCCGUGUCAUCUGUUGGAACUGCCUUUGGAGCAUCCCUAUGUGCAGAGCCAGAACUACCAGCCGGCCAGCAGUGUUGAAGAGAAACCGCCUCAAAAAACCUUCGAACCGCUAUCGAGUGACUCGGAGAGCUGCUGUUCGUCUGAUGAGGAAGGUACUCCGGAUUCCCAACCUCCGCCAGAAGACUGGAGCUGGGCCGGUAGACCGGUUGGAUCUUUGAGGCCUUAUAGGGAUGCUGAUGGGAAAUGGGUCCAACCUGUAUUUGGGGAGCUGAAAGCGCCACCAUCACCUCUUCUGCGAUAUAUAGAAGAUCCAGAAGGAGAACUUGAACAAAUGCUGUCAGGUUAUGAAGAGCUGGAGAAGACCCUUCAAUAUAGAUUCCGCGACAGGUCAUUGUUACUCCAAGCCCUAACUCACGCGUCCCAUCAGAAAAAUAGACUGACGGACUGCUAUCAGCGCCUGGAGUUCCUCGGAGAUGCCAUUUUGGAUUAUUUAAUAACCCGACACUUAUAUGAAGACCCCCGGCGUCACUCGCCCGGCGCCCUCACAGACCUACGUUCGGCACUCGUGAAUAACACAAUCUUCGCUACCUUGGCUGCUAGGCACGGCUUUCAUAAAUAUUUCCGUCAUAUGUCCCCCGGACUCAACGAAGUGUUGACGAAGUACGUGAAGAUACAAGAGGAGAAUGGUCACUCUAUUAGUGAAGAGCACUAUUUAAUACAAGAAGAUGAGAUGGAGCAAGCUGAAGAUGUAGAGGUUCCGAAGGCACUCGGGGAUCUCUUUGAAUCCGUAGCGGGGGCCAUUUUCCUCGAUUCCGGCAUGUCUCUUGGAGCCGUCUGGCGGUCGUACGCCCGUCUGAUGAUGGCAGAACUGGAAGCUUUCAGUGCCGCAGCGCCCAAGUCUCCAGUCAGAGAAUUGUUGGAGGCCGAACCGGACACGGCUAAGUUUGGAAAACCCGAACGCCUCGCAGACGGCAGACGGGUCCGCGUGUGCGUAGAAGUGUUCGGCAGAGGGACCUUCAAGGGGAUCGGCCGGAACUAUCGCAUCGCCAAAGGCACCGCGGCCAGGUGUGCGCUGCGGCACUUGAAGAUCCAUCGCGGGAGAUAA